AUGGCGACGAAAACAAAGUCAGAGUUGGUCUUUUGUGGAGAUGGUGACGAAGCCCAAGUCGAAGAUAGAUGGCGAGUCACAGGAAGUCGAAGAUGGUCUUCUUCGGCAGUGGAUGGCGACUCACAAAAAGGUGAAGAUGGUGACAAAGCCCAAGUUAAGCAUAUGAGGUUGUGGCUAUUUGAGUGCAAAGAACCAAGCCAUGAAGCCUUCACCUUGGGGCUGGCUGCAGCCGCCCUUCUGGUUCUGGCCCAUGUUCUUGCCAACUUGAUUGGUGGGUGCAGUUUCUGCACUCAAGAAGACAUCCAAAAGGCUUCCCCUAGCAGGCAAUGCUCCCUGCUUUGCCUCCUCCUCACUUGGGUUGUAUUGGCCGUCGGAUUGGGGUUGCUGGUGAUUGGGACCCUGUCAAACAACAAGUCGAGAGCAAGCUGUGGUUUAACACACCAUCACUAUUUGUCCCUUGGCGGCAUUCUGUGUUUUGUCCAUGCAGGAUUUUCUGUUGGGUAUUACGUUAUUGCCACUGCCACACCCACCGAGUAAUUGAGUAAUUAUAUAU